AUGGUUUUUGAUAGCUUUGAUGAUGCUUGGAAGUUUUGGGUUGAUUAUGGAGGGAGAGUUGGAUUUGGAGUGAGAGUACAGUAUGUACACAAGAAUAAAGACGGCUUAGCCACUUCUUGCAGGUUUGUUUGUUGCAAAGAAGGCCUAAGAAAACCAGAUAAACGAGAUUAUAAAACAAUCAAGCCAAGAGCAGAGAUCAGAACUAAUUGCAAAGCAAGGAUAGGAUUUAAGAAUAUGGGUGGAGUUUGGACGGUGCGUGAUUUUGAGGCAGAACAUAACCAUAUUAUGCACACUCCGGAAACAACUCAUAUGUUGUCAUCUCAAAGAAAACUUUCAGAAAUUCAAUGUCAACAAAUUGAUCUAGCGGAUGAUGUCGGUCUCCAACAAAGGAAUUCAUUUGAUUUGAUGAGCAAGGAAGUGGGAGGUAGAACCAACUUGGGAUUUAUACGCCUUGAUCAAAAGAAUUAUCUACGGAAAAAAAGGGAAAGAAGUUUGGUACUCGGGGAAGCCGGCUAUCUGUUACAAUACUUUCAGAAAAUGUCAAUUGAAAAUCCUCCUUUCUAUCAUGCCUAUCAAAUGGAUAUGGAAGAUCAAAUUACCAACGUGUUCUGGGCUAAAGCAAGGAUGCUCAUUGAUUAUGGGUAUUUCGGUGACGUGGUUUCUCUUGAUUCAACAUAUUGCACAAAUACUUCACAUAGACCAUUAGCUGUGUUUUCAGGAUUUAACCACCAUCGUAAAACAGUGAUCUUUGGGGCUGCAUUAUUAUAUGAUGAAACAAAAGAGUCAUACAAGUGGCUUUUUGAGACAUUUUUAGAGGCACACAAACAGAAAAUGCCUCAAACUGUUUUUACUGAUCAAGAUCAGUCAAUGGCAAACGCACUUGUUGAAGUUAUGCCUGGAGCAUACCAUGGCCUAUGUACGUGGCAUUUGAUGCAAAAUGGUAUCAAACACUUGGUUAAUUUAAUGAAAGGUGAAUCUCAUUUUCUCAGUGACUUUAAGAAGUGCAUGUAUGGCUAUGACGACAAAGAACAAUUUGAAGAAGGUUGGACAAACCUUCUUGUAAAAUACAAGGACUACAAGGUUGAGGAAAAUACUUGGUUGAAAAGAAUCUACACUCUCAAGGAGAAAUGGGCAUCUUGUUACAUGAAAAAGGCUUUUACAUUAGGAAUGCGCAGCACCCAACUUAGUGAAAGUGUGAAUGCAACUAUUAAAAGUUUUAUGAAGGAGAUUUGUCCUCGCUAUAUCAGGAUUGCCACUGAAGGAUGUAGAAGGCCAGAAACAUUCAACUUUCUUACCAAAGUUGUUGAUGAAUUGGAUAGGCUGGUACUACAAUUUCAAAACUGUCAAGUAAGUAGUGAUCAAGAGGAUAUGUUUCUUCGCAAAAUUAAAGAGAUCGGAAGUAGCAUUGAUGGUUCAACACCAGUCAAGGGUUUUAAAAAGAAAGAAGGAAGAAGAGGUGCAAAACGUCUCAAAGGUUUCAUAGAAUGCAAACUUUCCAAAAGAAAGAAAAAAGAUGGUCCAAGUGCUUCACAAACAAAGAAUAAUGUUAGAAGGGUAAAAAUUGCCAAAAAAAGCACAAAUGGAGACUUUGGUAAUUCACAAAUGCAAUAUGAGGUGCCCAACACAAGUGGAGCUAUUUGGCUCAAUGAUGUACACAAUAGACCUUUUAUGGAAGAUGAUGCUACUGUAAGUUCUUUUGGUGAAGAUAAUGCCACUUUAAUCAUUUGGUGCCACUAG